GUGCAAAGGAUGGGUGAACUCAUGGAUUGAGCCAACGAGCUAAUGAGUAGUUAUAUGUAUAAUGUUAUUACAAGAAUUUGAAUGAACAAAAAUAGUACUACAAUCAAUAUUAUAAAUGGUUAUUACACCCCAGCACAACAUGGCCGGUGUGAGCAAGGAAGUGUUGAGUGAAGCUGAUCAUGAAUGCAACAUUGUGAAGCUUCUUCCAUACCAACACCAAGUUGGCGGACACAAUUGCGUGUUGUUGUAUGACGAGAAGACAAUUUGUAAACCGCUUGAUGAGCAAGAACAUAGAGUGUAUUCAAAAAUACCAGAUGGGUUAAAAGAAUUCAUUCCAAAGAUUAAAGGAGUUGUUAAAGUCCAUUAUGAACGAAUUGGCGAUGACGUGUUCUGCUUUGCGAUUCCACUGGAUUGUUCUUACUGCAAAGAUAUCCAACGACUUAGAAAUUACCUCAUAGCAACCGACGCACUAAAUGAAAGAUCAUUAGAUGGCUCAAUGGAUGCAUCGGUUAGAAGUACAAGUAGAAGUGAUAGAAGUUAUCACGACGCUUUCUGGAACGAUAUGCUGAAGGAAAAACUUGUCCGACGUUGGUUAAAAAAUGCCAAACAAAAAGAAUUGGAAAAAUUUAUUCUAUUGGAAAACAUUUCAAAAAGGUUUAAAUACCCUUGUACUAUUGAUUUGAAGAUGGGCACGCGAGUUUUCGGUGAUGCAGCCUCUCGCGAGAAACGUGAAGUGAAACAGAAGCGAGCAAAUUCAUCCACGUCUGCGUCGUUAGGCGUCAGAUUGUGUGGUAUGCAGAUUUACCAUCCUGUGACAAAUAAAUACAUCUUUACUGAUAAGUACAAAGGACGAGAGUACUCGAAGAGUGAUUUCAAAGACUGUAUUAAAAAUUUUAUUUUCAACGGAUCGAUGUAUCGCGUGGAGCUUUUAAAACCGUGCAUCGACAAACUAAAAGCAUUGCAUUCACAGCUCGAGAAUAUCGAGUGUUAUAGAUUUUACUGUAGCUCGCUGUUGUUGAUGUACGAUGGGGUACACACUCGCGCGGACAGGGAACCGGACAUUGAAGUGCGGAUGAUCGAUUUUGCGCACACCACCGUCAAAGAAGAUGAAACGAAUCACCACCUUGGACCUGAUCAUGGUUAUAUUCUUGGUGUUGAAAGUCUCAUUAACCUUUUUACACAAAUUAACGAGGAACUCACUCAGGUUACAGAAGACACAGCGUAAUUUUAAUGUUAUUUUAGAAUGUAAAUAGCAAAUUUUUUAGAAAGAGCGAAAAAAAAAAAGAUUUCGUGACAUUUAAGUUAUAAAA